AGAUGGCGACGAUGGGCGGACGAAGUGGGAAGGACGAUCCGACGAAGAUCUCCGUCGAGCAGCCUCCUUGCUACGGCACCUUCCCGCCACCUCCGCCGCCGUCACCGUCCGCACCUCUCCCUCCUCAAUCUCGAUAUCCUCCUCCUCUUGUCUACCAUCACAACCCGCCGGCCACCUAUCACGCGAUCCCAGUUGGGUAUCAGACGCAGCCCUAUCAGGCGUUGGUGGAUGGCAUCCCCAUGACCAUGAGGGAGCCGCCACUGCCUAUCUGCGGCAUUGGCAUCGGCUGGGCAUUGAGCCACAACAGAGAGUUGCGCAGAGAAGGGAACAGGCCCCCAACUAUAGCCGAGGACAGAGCAACAGAAAGUCUAAAAAACCCAAAUCCUGUCUUCUUAUCCGGUAAAGACCCAAUGCAACAAGGAAACAUCAAAGAUGUCCCUGAUCAUGGGUACACAGGAAACAAGGAAACAUCUGUUGAUGGGAGAAGCUGACUACUGCUGGGUUUGAAAGAGGCUGAGCAUCAAGGAUUCUCCAACAAAUCUUGCAGCUUUCUGAUCUUGUGCCAAAUUUUUACAUGUUCCACUAGUAGCUUGGCGCUGCAAAGAUUUGACCAGAAGUUAAAGAGAUGUAACUCUUCAUUAGCAACCGAACAGAUUGAGGCAUGUCUAUUCAAGAAGAUGCACGAGUUUCUUCCCCUCCAGCUUGUCCAAGUAACUCCACCAAUGAGCAUCAAAGCAGCUGGCUGUGCUGUCUUUGUGAAGUUCCUGUUAGUCCACUUCAAGCAAAGAUCUUGAAAGGAACAAUGCGAGUUCAGCACUCCAAGUAGCCGACAGAUGUGUCUCCAGAUGUCGGUGAAGAAGCUGCAUUCGGAAAACAAAUGGUCCACAAAUUCAAUUGAAUUUCUGCAGAAUAUACAGCCUCCCAAAUCUUUCCCAAGUUUUUUGGCAAUAACAUCUCUAGUGUUUAGUCUCUUCCUCCAACUGAGCUAGAGAAAACAGUUCACCUCUAAAGGCAUAGGUUCACCGAUGAUAAUCACAUCUUUUAUUGAAGCCCUCUCCCAUACCUGGCGCUUGCCCUCCGUCUCAUCAUCUUUGUCUUCAUGUACUCAAAUCACUGCAAACAUAAUCCAGUUAUGAGAUGUCACAGAAAUUGGCACAAUUGUUGAUGUGGCCCUUCAUGAGCACUUUGGAAUGUCACAUCAAUUCGAGUCUGGAUUUCUUACUCUUAAUCCAAAAUGACACAGAAAGGGCGCAUAUAAGUUAUUUAGGCUAUCUAGAUCUUUCUUUUCUAUUGACAACAAAUAACAACAAAUAAAAGCAUUUGAAGUGUAAGGAAGUGAGAUCUGAUAUGGGUGCUCAUUCUUGCUCUAUUUUCAGAUCUAAGUUCUCAACCAGCUUGGUGAAAACUGAAUUUUCUGUGUUUCCACCAUCUAUGAUAAGAUCACAGAUGUUCUUUACCCUGUGUCUGUAUCUUGAAGAUGCUAAAUCAUUGUUCAAGUGAUUAGGUUGUUGCUUUUGUACAUGCAUGACUCUGUGAAAGGAAGGAAAUUUCCCUCGGUGUUCUUAAUUGAAACCGUGGCAACUCCUUUUUCUUGCUUGGAUUCUGCAUCCUCAAUAUUUCUCUCAGUUGAUGUUAUCCUUUCUGAGGAAAUGUUUGAGAAAUAUGCCCUAAUCUACCACUAAUAUAGCAUCUCACCCUCUCUUUUUUGUCUUGAUCUUUGGAACUCCCUAGCUGCCUGGCUGUUUUCUGCUUCCAGCUGGCAUUCUUUGGAGAGAAAACUGCAGCACUGACAUGGGUUGUUAGCUUGUUGCCCUUAGCUUUAGUUUGUCUUUGACUUGGAGGGCAACAUGAUACCCCAUUAAUAGACAAGUACUUGAGACCCAUCAUCUCAUCUUGAAUAGAGUUCUGCAGUGCAGUUUUGUAGUUUGCCACAAGUGCCUAUUUGUGGCAAACCUUUCCAUGUUUUAGUUUUUGUACUUUUCUUACUUUAGAGAGUUUAUAACAAUCAAGUGAUCCUUUGUAGCAAUCUGUCAGGGAAUCUGAAUUUUAGUGUGUGGUUAGCCCACAGAAAAUCAUGUGAAAUUCAGAUGUUUUGCUGAUUAUGGAGAGAACCCAAAGAAAGCCUGUCACGUUUUUGUAGUUUUGAGCUUGUUUCAUUCCUUUAUGUGGCCCUUAUAACUUCCCACAGGCUUUAGAACCCCUAAUUUGCUGUUUUGCAAAUCCAUCCAGUGUCCUGCACAGCAUACAACUUAUUUCUGCUGUGGAAAUCAGUAUUUGCUGUCCCAGGUUUCUAAAACUAGCUGGGUGCUAUCCUGCUAGUGGUUCUUCCAAUCAAUAUAGAUGAAGUUAAGGUGCAUGAAGAUUUUCAAUGGCAAUUGAUAUGCAGCUUAUGGUGGAAUUUAACUCUGAUAAACAUAAAUUGUGGAAACCACUGGUGAUAAAUGAAAAAUGUCACAAUGACAAGAAAGGAGUUUCCCAUAGAAUUUAAAUUCAGCCAUCCUAAUAGAAGAUCUCCAUAACUAACCAUAUUAACAGAGAGUUAUUGCUCUUGUAAAUAAAAUGCAACUUAACAUGUGCAUUUAAAAAUUUUGACAUUGUUGCUGCAAAAUUGAUCAGCAACAGUGACUUGGUGUAAGGAGUAGAAUAGAAAUCCUAUUGUUGAAGGUGAAAGGAAAGGCAUGCUCAACUUCGAAGGAAAAGGCAUUUAUCUGGCUUCAUCGAAUGCAACAACAUGAUUGUGCAGUAACUCUUUGACAACGCUGUCAGGAUGUGGAAAGAAUCUUUUAUCGCUUGAGCUAAGUAUGCUACCUGGUUAAUGGCAAUUAUUGUGUCACCCAUGAGUUGAAUAUUCUUUGAAUCUAUUCUGUGAUCAAAACAGAAUUCACUAUUCUUAGCUUGGCCUUGAUGCUAACAUUUUUAUAGUUUGUGAAAGUAAACUAAAACAUGAUUUAGUAUUUAUUGUACAAACUACAAAGUUCUUUUGAGGUUUAAGUGGAAUAUUAAAUCAUUGUUUUCUUUGCUUGUUGAUAGUCACAUAUAGGGCUUCGGAUCACACCUAAAAUGGAUUACCAGUACUUUGCAUUACAUGUUUCUACAUAUAAAGGAUCAUAGAAUUACUUGAAUGAUGUCAGGCUUAACUAACAUAUUCAUGCUUUUUCCCAAGGCUUAAUUGUUUGGCCAUCAAAAUUGAUGAUAUGUACUGUCACCAUGAUUUCCAUCGGUUGAAAUACACAAGUUUUACAAGAAAAGAAAUAUGCGGAAUGUUUUAUCUAAGAUUUUAAAUCCCGUAAGACAAAUAUGUUCUGAUUUCUCUAUGGAAUGGGAUAUCCCGCUAUCCUGUACCGUCCCGACGGUAGUCUCAGUCAUACAUCCUAGUGGAUAUUCUCUAUCUUUCUGUCCUUCUUGCUUCUUUUUUUCUUUUUUAUUUCUUCUUUUUUUUUUUCUUCUAAUUUCUUUUCUUUCCUUUUCUUUUUCUUUCUUUUCUUCUCCCUUCCUUUCUUUUUUUUCAUUUUUCUUCUUCUUUCCUUUCAUUUUUUGCUUUUCUUCAUUUUUCCUUCUUUUCCUUCUUUCCUCUUUCUUAUUCUGUCCCUGCAUGGAUGGAUUUUGGACUCUUAAGCCCAUCUCAGUCUCGUUUUCUCAUAGAAACGAGACAGGACAGUCGGGAUAUCCUCUGUCCCGCCAGGACAUAAUAUCUUUUGCUUCUAUCAAUGUAUGAGGUGAUCACUAGAUGAAUGGUUUUAAAUUAGAAUUUAGAAGUCAUGAUUUGUUUUGUUUUGAUCCAUGAUUUCAUCAUUCAAAACUACUUACACUUUGGUAUCCAUGUGAGUAUGUGUAUGCAUAGACCAUAAGUGUGUACUUAUAUAAAAAAUAUAGAGAUACAUGUACAUCUUUAUUCAUUGUCGAGGCUCCAAGCCAUUCUUGGACCAAUCAAGGGUGACCUACACACUUCUUUAAUUAUUUAGGACCUAAAAUUUAGGCCUUCACUUGAACCGGAAAGAGGUUUUUUGGUCAGUGAAUGGCCUGGACCAUUAGCAAGCCUGGUGGGUUGUGUUUCUGUGAGUAUGCCUGUCUAACUUCAGUAUUUAUAUUAGAGCUUAUCAAAUAAGUGAGGUAAAAUAUUUUCAUUUUGAAUUUGAUGUCAGGCUUUGCAUGAACAAUCUUCAAACAAUGUGUUUCCUCAUUAUGGAAGUCCCUAUUUUGCAGCCUGCUUUGUAAUAUAUGCUUGUAACAUGUCUUUCUUUUUUUCUCCUCUGUGGUUAGAUUAUUUAUAAUGCUUGAAAGUUUGAAACUUUGAAUUGAUUGCUUAUCCAUACAAAAAGAAACCUUGGAGAUAAUUUUUACACUAAGCUUCUCACUAAUUUUCUGGUAAAACUAGCAUUCAUGAUGGAAGAUAUUCAUUUUAUCUUGCUUCAUAGGUCAUCUAAACUUCAACAGCGAAUGUAAUCAUGAUAGAGUUAAGCAUAACCUUUUCUUCUGUUGAUGAAAAAAUUGUUGUUGUCAACACUUAGAUUGCAGAUGUUUUUAUAGUAAAAGUAGCUGCUUGCUAUCACAACUCUCCCUCCCCCCACCCCUCCCCCUCCCCGCCUUUCCAUCUUCAUUCUUUUGUUGUUUUAGUAAGAAUUUAUAAACUGGUUGCUGGUAGAUGAUGCAUGCUUGUGUCUUAUAUUGCAUUUUUUCUCUCCUUCCUCUCUGUCUAGUAGUAAAGCUAUAUAAAUAGACAUAAAUGUCUACAUUGUACAUGUACACAAAUUCAUAUCAAUACCAUAAGCAACAAUUACUAUCAUACAAUUGUUUCUAUAUAUUCAAUUUAAAACUAGUCCAUUUCAACCUGCUGUGGUUGCAAUACACUGUUUUAAUGGGAUGACUUACUCAUCUCAAUACGACAGAUGACAUAUCACAACUACCAUUAUGAUGUCUUGUUUUCACUUGUUAAAGACAUCUAUGUUGAACCUUUGCCUUAGUAUAUAAGUAAUUGGGUAAGGAUAUUGCAUGUCACUCAUAAAAAAAGACCAAGCAUCCACAUAAUCGCAUUAUGAUUUACUUCGUACCGCAUGUAUGGAUGCAUGCAUUCUUAUUUUGACAUCCAUACCUAGUACAUUUAGCAUGCUGUACUUUAUCUUGUCAAUCUCAAAUUUCUAGUGAAUAUGCUGACAAGUUGUUCUUGUUCUA